AUGGCGAAUACCUCGACUUCAGAGGUUGAAUCAAUCAUGUCGAAUUCACGGACACCGCCAACCACUGCACCUAGCACUCCACCGACUGAUCCCUUCGAUGAUCAAGAAGACGUUGGCCUUGUAGAUGAAGACAUCAUCAAAGAAGAGGCUAAAGCACGACUCGCAAACACCGCAGUUGAGGAAAAGCGACGCGCGAAUCUUCUUAAACAACGAAGAAAGAAAAAGGCCGAGACCAAAGCAGAGCGAGAAGCUAAGGCGCGUGAGCUGGACGAGUUGCUACAGAAGAGCGCCGCCUUUAGCGACAUUCUUACCAAAAAGACACAAGUACUUGGUCGUGUUGGCAGCAGUCUAGAUGGCAAGAAGCUUGGUGAGCACAACCUGCAGAUGGCUACACAGCCAAAGUGCAUGGUUGGUGGUACGAUGCGCGAGUACCAGCUGGAAGGACUUACCUGGAUGUAUGAGAUUUGCUCACAGGGUAUGAGCGGCAUCCUGGCUGACGAGAUGGGUCUGGGCAAGACGAUUCAAACCAUCUCAUUGAUUGCGCUUUUACGAGAACAAGAGCAGUAUCUUGGACCACAUCUCAUCGUGGCGCCGCUCAGCACGCUGUCAAAUUGGAUUGACGAGUUCCACAAAUGGGUACCAUCUAUCCCGAUUGAGAUGUAUCAUGGCAACAAGGCCCAACGAGAAGAGAUCUUUCACAAGAAGAUUAUGAGCCAUCUCAAGUCUGGUCGCCCCACCAAAAAGUUUCCCGUCGUUUGCACAUCUUACGAGAUGGUGAUCAAUGACCACCAUAACCUAUCCCGAAUCAAAUGGGAGUUCAUCAUCAUCGACGAAGGUCACCGUAUGAAGAAUGCCGACGCCAAAUUAUUCCAGCAACUGCGACAGUUCUCAUCUGCCACACGCCUUCUCAUCACCGGCACGCCGCUUCAAAACAAUCUCAAGGAGCUUUGGUCCUUACUUCACUUUUUGUUGCCCAAUAUCUUUACUGACUGGGAGGCCUUUGAAUCCUGGUUCGACUUUUCGGAGCUGGAAGAUGAAAAGGGAACACAGCAGUUCAUUGAAGACCAAAUGAAGCAAGAUUUGGUCAAGAAAAUCCAUCUCAUCUUGCAGCCCCUCCUCCUCCGCCGUAUCAAGCAAGACGUCGCCGCUUAUCUGCCCAAAAAGCGAGAGUAUGUUCUGUUUGCUCCGAUGACAAAAGAGCAGACAGAUCUCUACAAUGUCAUUUCUAACAAAAAUAUGGACACUCGAUCAUACCUCGAAGAUAAAGCUGUGGAGAUAAUUCGCAGCAAGACGGCAUCCCGGGCUUCUACUCGAUCUUCUUCCCGAACAAGAGCGACAACAAAGGCGGAAAAGGACGACAAGGGAGCUUCUCUACCCGUUCGACAAAAAGCUAGAGGCACAAAGGUCGAAGAACGGUCAAAAUCGCCAGCUCCGAAUGCGUUUAGCCUCAUGAUGGGUAAACGGGGUCCGGGGCGGCCACCUAAGAAUGCCAAGCCUGAUCCCCUCUUAACGCCUACAAACCAAAAGUCGAAGCGAAAGAGUCCUCCAACCUCUGUUGUAUCAGAAACUAAAAGCGCGAAAUCUAGUCGACAGUCGACUCCGCUGAGCGUUCGCAGCCGUCGCCAAGCUCGUUCAUACAAGGAAGCUGAUUCUGACGAGGAGAAGAUGUCAGAUGAUGAAUUUGAGGCCAAGCUGGCCAACGAAAUGGCUGACGAGGAUGAUGACGAUAAGGAUUCGGAGCCAAUGUCUGCUGAAGAACUAGAACGAGCGCAGACUCUAGAUAUGGCCAAAAAGCAGAUUUCACGCAAGAAGUUGGGUAACCCCCUGGCCCAGCUCCGGCUGGUUUGCAAUACUCCGCACAAUUUUUACAAUCCGUGGGCUGUUGCUACCGAUAUUCCGGUAGAUGAGACUAUCGUCACAGCGUCAGGAAAGAUGCUUCUUCUCGAUCGAUUGUUGAAGCAUCUCUUCAUCGAUGACCACAAGGUGCUCAUAUUUUCUCAAUUUACUACACAACUCGACAUUUUAGAGGAUUAUUGCAGAGAACUACGCGGCUGGAAAGUCUGCCGCAUUGAUGGCAGCAUUGCUCAAGCGGACAGACGUGAGAGCAUCAAACUCUUCAACGAGGACCCAGAAUACAAGAUCUUUUUGUUAUCCACUCGUGCAGGUGGUCAGGGAAUCAAUCUAGCCUCUGCCGACACUGUCAUUCUCUUUGACAGUGACUUUAACCCCCAACAGGACCUGCAGGCUCAGGACCGCGCGCAUCGUAUUGGCCAAACUCGCCCCGUGCUAGUUUAUCGUCUCGCCACGAAGGGAACGGUGGAGGAAUCCCUAUUGCUUUCUGCCGACGCCAAGCGACGACUGGAAAAGCUUGUCAUCCGCAAAGAUGGCGAAGUGUACGAAGCAUCGGGGGGAGACGAUAUCUUGAGCGAUCAAGAUCUAGAGACUAUUUGUGAUAGGAGUGAGGAGGCAUUUGCGAGGGCUGCCAGGGGAGAUGGUGAUGCGGAUGGGUUCAGAGUCGUUGAGACGGGCGCUGACUCGAUCAAGAUGGCUAGAAAGAGCUGA